AUGACUUCAUCCUCCUCCUCCUCCUCUACAUCCACAUCCCCACAAAAACCCUACCUUGUCCUCUCCGCCCAAAAGGAAGCUACACAACACUCCCUCAUACCCCAAGAAUGGCGACUUCCCACCGAAAAGUACCAAAACAUGUCCAACGUGAUGGAAGUCCCACUUAGCUGCGGACUCUUGAACGAGACUGAACAUCACAUCACUUCUGACUAUGACGCCACUGCACUUCUUGGUUUGCUGAAGAAUGGAGUCUUCACCGUGGAGCAAGCAAUCACUGCAUUUUGCAAAAGAGCGGCUAUUGCUCAUCAAUUGACAAACUGUCUGACCGAAAUAUUCUUCUCCGGAGCGAUCGAAAGAGCCAAGACUCUCGAUCUCCUAUACGCCUCCGCAAAAUCAACCGGAAAACCUCUUCCUCCGCUCUUCGGUCUACCUAUCUCCCUCAAAGAUAGUUUCGACGUUGCCGGAUAUGAUACUUCAACUGGACUAGGUUGUUAUGUGAAUUCUCCCGCCUCGGAAAAUAGCUCACUAGCUACUAUGCUCCUCGAUUUAGGCGCAAUUUUAUACUGCAAAACCAAUCUUCCCCAAUCAAUCAUGACAGGAGACAGUCAUAACAACAUUUUCGGACGAACAUUAAAUCCACGGAAUAAAUCACUAACAGCAGGUGGAAGCACUGGGGGUGAAGGUGCGCUUCUUGCUCUGCGAGGUAGCAUUUUAGGUGUUGGAACGGAUAUCGGUGGAAGCAUUCGUGUUCCGGCGGUAUGUAAUGGUAUCUAUGGGUUUCGACCUAGUGUAGGAUUGAUUGCUCAUGGUGGCGUGAGAGAUCUUACUCCGCCUGGAACAGAUGGUGUUAAGUCGACUGUCGGACCAAUGGCGACUUCGCUCCGGGAUUGCGAAUUACUCCUCAAGUCAAUACUUCAAGCGGAUACCUGGAAGUAUGACAGUACUGUAAUUUCGAUUCCAUGGCUAGAUGUCAAGCCAGCACACAAACUCCGAAUUGGUGUUGCCCAAGAUGACGGAGUCUUUACUCCAUCACCCCCAGUACGACGCGUUUUCAAGCAGGUGAUUGAGUCCCUCGGUGGAAACAACGACUUUGAGAUAAUUGCUAUUAAUCUACCCGACGUAACAUCAAUCUAUCAAGACUUCAUCAGCUACAUGACACUAUCAGGAAGCGAUCACUAUCUAAAACAAUUUGAGCGAACAGGAGAGCCAACCAUCCCAUCACUAGCCAAAACUGGCCUUCUAUCAGUGCCAGGAACGACUCUGCAAGGCUUCUUUGAAUUGAAUGACCGACGGUUACAGAUCGCGAAAACAUAUCUUAAACUAUUUCGCGAUAACGAUCUAGACGUAAUUCUCAUGCCUCCUGCAGCGCAUACUGCAGUUCCCUCGGACUGUUGGUCGAAAGUGGCAUAUACGUGCUUGUGGAAUUAUCUUGAUUAUCCAGCCAUAGUGAUUCCGGUAGAUCAAGUGCAAGAUACAGACUUGGCUGAUGAUUUGAACAACGCAAAGUUCGGCCCAGAUGAUGAACAGAUUUAUAAGUUGUAUACCGGUCCUGAAGUGUACAAGGACGCACCGGUUUGUGUGCAGCUUGUAGGGUAUAGACAUAAGGAUGAGGCUUUGCUGAAAGCGGCAGCUAUAUUGGACUCGAUCAUAAACAAGGCGUAG